CUCGGCAAAAUUGUUGCAAAUUCGGUCACACCGUUCAACAGUUUGGAAUUAUCAUCUGAACAAGUUCCACGCUAAGACGUUGUCUGUUAUGAUUCAGUACAUUUGGAUCUUUCUACUGUUUGGUUCAACGUACGUUUCAAUAAUGGAUAGCGCGUUUACAUUCUCCAAUGUCACUCAAGUCUCCACUUCUACCAAUGCUGUAGGCGAUAAACGCUUGAUCGACGAAUACUCAAAUGCUAAUCGCAGUGCACGAGAUACCAGAUUGCUCAAAGGUGAAACUAUGGGUGGUUUGAAAAACUGCGAAAGUUUCGAAAUCGGAGAUAAAAAUAAACGAGAAUUUUAUUCGCCUAAUUAUCCAGAAACAUAUCCCGGUAAUUCUCAAUGCACCAGAAAAAUUGUCGCCGAUUCCAUAAACGAGCAAGUAGUCGUCGAUUUUCGUGAUCAAUUUGCUAUAGAGCCGAGUGAAAAUUGUAAAUUUGACCAUUUAGAAAUACGAGACGGAGCUUACGGGUAUUCUCCUGAGAUCGGGAAAUUUUGCGGAUAUGAAUUUCCACCUUAUAUUAAAUCUUCGGGAUCGGCAUUAUGGUUGAGGUUCAAAAGCGACGAAAAUAUCGAAUAUACUGGAUUUCGAGCAGUAUAUUACUUCGAACCGAGAAAGGAUAAUCUUCCCGACCAACCUGAAGAACCUUGCGUUGUUAAUAAAACCGAAGAAGAUGAAUUAACCAAAAAAGAAGAGGAUAGAUUCAUCCUUUCUCAUGAAGAUAUUCCUGAAGAAUUUAAGGCCAAAUCAAAUAAAAGUGGAAUUGAUUGCAUGUUUAAUUUACAUGUAGGAGAGAAUAAAAAAGUUUCAUUGAGCUGGGAUUCGUUCAGUUUGCAAUAUCCGAACGACUGCGAAUUGAAUUACGUUUAUAUUCUAGAGGAAAAUGCCGAUACGAUUAAACAAACAUUUUGCGGAGCUGCAGCUGAGCCGAUUAUUUUCGAUAGCAGUUUGAUGCGUAUUCAAUAUGUCGUAAAGAAAAGCGCCAUCAAUUCUACUUUCAAGGCACAUUUCACUCCUUUCAGAUUCUCAUCGAAUUGUACCAAUAAUGAGUUUAACUGCCAAGAUGGUUAUUGUAUUCAUAAUGAUUUUCAAUGUAAUAAGAUUGCCAACUGUUUAACUGCUUCUGACGAAGAUGAAGAGGAAUGUGCGAAAAGAAGAGAACUACCUUUCUGGGAUCAAGUAACCAAAUCGGAGAUGCUGAUUAUUCUAAUUGUAUUUUUCUUAAUUUUAUUCGGGAUGUGUUUCACUUUGAUAUACAAUAUCGUCAGGAAAUUGAUUCACGAUUUUAGCGUUAUCAAGGAACAAGUGAACCAGUCGAGAGAAAGCCAGUUGGAUCAGCUGGGUAGGAAAACUCCAACGGCUACUUUGCUCACGCCGGUGGUUACUGUGUUACCAAAUUUACCCGAUAAUUUAGUCAACGUGACUGAAAUAACUGCCAGUAUAAAUAUUCGCGAAUCAAUACGAGAAGAAGAAGACGAGCACAAUUGUUACGUUCCUACCGAACAUACGUUUCCAAAUUUAAUCAGGCGAGAAUCUGGGUUCGAAAGAAUAAACGGUGGUCCGGAAUAUCAUCAUCGUACGUGUCAAACGCGUCGCGAUUCCAGUCGAGCGAACGGCGAUGAAGAAGAAGACGGUCUGGUGACACACAGCGGCGACUCAACGAGCUAUAUGCCGGAGAUGCGUGAUAACGAAUGUCAAACUCGAGAAAGUCUUUUUUACAACACUUCAACGUCCGAUUCGACGACGGCAAACAAAAGUACGAGCUUAUCGCCGUCGCCUCCACCGCCUUGCACGAUAAGAAGAAGCCAUAUCAAAGCAGCGAAUAAUGCUCGAGUGCAGCCACCGACGACUGCGCCGCCGAUAGGUUUUACCACUUUCGGUUACAAGAAUAAUCAAAAACCGGAUAAAACGGGUAAACAUUCGAAAGAGCAUAAAUUUCGAGCCGAAGCUGUGAUAGAAAUGGAAAGGUUCAAGUCGCCGAAACACGACACCUCGAGCACCGACAGCAGACCGAGCCGUCCGUACAGCGUGCAAUCUACCAAAUCUGCGCCAGAUGUAAUUGUAACGCACUGACAAAGAUGACAGGCCGAGUGGGAACCUUAUAAAAGGCGACAACCUCGGCCGUACUUGAAAACCAUCGGUGAAUUUUUACCGCUGUCACGAUCAAAAUCUUUGGUCAGCAUAAAGGAUAGCGUGGCGCAGUGCAAUAUCGCCGAACAAUGAUAGAGUAUUGGUAUUUUUCAAUUGAAAUUGAAAAAUACCACCGAUGAGAAAAUUUUUUGCAUCGAACGAUACUGCCAUUUUUUUUUCAAUUCGCAUACGUGAUUCAUUUACCCGUUCCCCGCCUUAUAUAUUUUUCUAAUACUAAUCCUUUUUAAAAC